CUUUUCUUCCCACCUCCCUUCGCCAAGUUCUUUUCGAAAUUUCUGGGAAAAUUUUCGGUUCGGUGCAACCGAUGACCACGACUUUUGGGUAGUUUCUUGGAUUUUAUUCGGCCGCCUGCAGCCUGCUUGGAGAAGUUCGUUGGUGAAUUGGGUGCAGCUAGGAUGGGAAGCUAUAAAUUUUCUGUGCUUGGAUUAGAAGAAACGUAGGACCAAACCCUAGGAACCAAAUUGCCUUCGGAAUGUGUGAGAUUAGGAUGGGUUAAUUGGAUUUUACGACUAGGGCAAAAUUUUUUGUCGAAUUGCCUCCAAAGCCACCUCUCGAUUCUUCUCUGGUUGAGAUGAAUUGGGGCAAGGUAGCUCGAUUUGGUGGUGCAAAUAGAGAGAAGUUAGCUGAAUUACACUUUAUGGAUAUCAAAACAGCUAGCUUUGAUCGUGGCGUUGGAAGGGAGAAUAUGAUCAGAUUGCUUCCAGAGUUGUCUUUCGAUGACAAGGCGGUGGUGCCCAAGUUAGCUCUCCCCCAGCUAGCGCCGCUAGAUAAGUAUUUUGUUCAAACAUCGCAGAGGAAAGGAUCUACAUCAAGGAGAUGGAGAAGAGUGAGGAGGCAAUCACACGACAACCCACUGCAUCUGAACAUCGAUUUCUUGGUGCUAGCCACACGCUAUUCGCUGGGCAUAGUAGGGUUGAGGAUGUCCGGGGAUUGGAAUCAGAAACGGGUUAGGGUGAAGGAUUUUGGUGUGGGAGGAACAGGACGCAAGACACACCGAAGAACUAUUAUGGACAAGACACAUUCUUCCUUUGUCGAAUCUUACUUGAUAGCAUCUGAUGCAGGUGAUGCUUUUAGCAAAUACAGGCAUAGAAAAAUGUCAAUGAGCUACAACGGCAAUCAAAGCGAGGACCGGCAAAGUGAGGAGGUUCACUCAGCAUACACAAGGUACAGCGAGGUUGAUGAGGAGAUGGUAAUAAGGAGGAACUUUAGUUUGGAUCGCACUGAAGAGCAAAAUGAUGAAAACGAGUGGAGUUGGGUGCCCCAAGAUAAAGAUGGUGAUCCUCUUGCUGAAUCAGUUUCUUCACUUCAUACUACACAAGAAGUCCUUGAAAGUGAGAUAAAAAAAUUAUCAGAACUUAGCAAAGAGUUUGAGGCCGAGGAAUCCAGUUGUGGUAACAAAGACCAAGAUGUGAUCGCUUUGCCGCAUGGAGAGGUUGACGUGCUGCAAAUGAAUAAGAUAGAGCAUCUUGAACAGAAACUGAAAGAAGCAUCAAACACUAUCAGAGAAAAAGAUCUAAGGUUAUCCAAUCUUCAAAUAGUUAUGGAUAGCACACCUAGACCAAUGCUGGAGGAGGAGGCCGCUAACAUCGAUCAGUUGGAGAUGGAGGUCGAGCGGCAACUGCAGGAGAAACUACAAGCCGAAAUUCAGUGUCUGGUCAUGGUGAAAGCAAGACAGAAUUGGCAAGUCCGGGCAGAGGAUCAGAUCGCCUUGGAGGAGCACAAGUCGUCUGCUGGGGACAACAACACGAGAAUGAUGCUCAAGCUGCGAGACACGGAGAGAAAGAUCAUCAUGCUGAAAGAGCAGGUGGACAAGCUGGAGGCCCAUGAGAAGGAGCUCCAUGGGACGACCGAAGUCCUGAAGAUGCAGAGCAGAACCUUCAAAGUGUCCCUCUUUGGUCUCGUCCAGCUGAUAAUACUGUGCCUUUCCUUGAAGAUGUUCUUCGCGCGGGUCUCGGACACCUUCGGCGAGGUUGUACCAACAUGAUUUAGUUAGUGUUCUUUCAGCCUGUAAAUUCGCUCUCCUGGUUUACAGUAUGGUAGGAGGUACAGUUUCAAUACAGUGAAGUGCAAGUGGUAUUUGAUGUACGUCAGAAACUACGCUUGUUCUGUAAAAAAAUAGAUGUGUGCACAAACUGGGUUCGAUUGACUAGUCGGACAACAUGACUGACGGUUUGCAGUUACUGAAAAGUAUUGGCAUCAGUUCCUUUCGA